GGGGUGUGUUUAUAUAAAGACUCACACAGAGACUGCGCACAGGGACAGUGACUCACUGCAGCGAGCAGCUCAAACAGUACAAUGUCCUGUCUUUCUCCCAAGCAGGUUUCAUGUGAAGAAAGUAACAUGGAACCGUCUGAAUCAUAUGAAGUUGUUGAGAAAACUCAGUGUUUGCCCAUCCAUAAUCCACAAGAAACAACAGAAGGCCGCUUCCUGAAAUCGAAGUGUCUGAUGCCUGAUGAACGACAUUUACACGAUGAAAGUAACAUGGAACCGUCUGAAUCAUAUGAAGUUGUUGAGAAAACUCAGUGUUUGCCCAUCCAUAAUCAUAAUCCACAAGAAACAACAGAAGGCCUCCUUGAGAAACUGAAGUGUCUGGUGCCUGAUGAACGACAUUUACACGAUGGUCUACAGAAAGUGGCAGAGGACUAUCGACAGAAAAACUUACCUGUCAUUAACCUGAAUGAGCUAAUAAAAGCCAUAACCACAACAGUAGAACGCAUAAAACCCCAAGAAACAAAAGGAUUGGGAUCAAGACUAUUUUCUUAUACACCCAGCCUAACUUUAUCAUUAUCAUCAAGUAAAAAGGCCAAAGUUUAUAUUGUAGUGGCUGCUAAAACAUUUGGUGCUGAUCAAGAGAUCCUAAAGGGCAUCCAUGUAGAAAUAUGUCCAGAGCCUGCAAACUGUGACGUGGUCUUGGUCUUCUGUCCUGUCACGUCUCGUUCAGGAUCAGACAUGGAAGAUGCCAUGAGGAAUAUCUCAGAGAAAGCCAAUGGGAAAAAGAUGAUUUUGGUGGUGAUGCAUCAUUCAAUAGAGGACAUUUAUCUCCCACAACCCCUGCAAAACCCUGGAUACCCGAAUGUUAUUAAAUAUGUCAACGUUGUCUACCAUGAAAGUAAGAAAGGUUUAAUAAAAUGUGACAGAAAUGAUAAGGCCAUACAGGAACUAAAAGAAUUUUGCAAGAAUUUAGCAAGCUAAUAAAAUUGUAAUGAAUGUUUUGUAAUCAAUUCAAGUUUGAGUAAUCUCGCAGUCUCUCCUGGGCCCUAUUCCAACCCUCUUUACCGUUAGCUGUAAGAUUCUGUCCAAGCCUGUCACUCAUGCUCCCACCCACAAUUCUCCAUAAAUAUAACUGUACACUACAAUUUGACUGAUGUGCAAUAGUUUCAUGAGCAGAAUGAACAUUGAUAGCGCUCUGUGGAGUGAGUGACUUAGCGCAGAGAGCAAGGACAGGAGAGACUUAUUAAACAUGUUAAGUUGUUUAUGGGGAAUAUAACAUUUUUAAAACAAUAAAAGAUAACGCGUGA